AUGGCCGGCAUUCUGCCGAGGUUUUUUGGCCCCUUCGGCGGCGGCGGGCUGCCGCCGUACGAUGAGUUCGGGAUCAAGGAGACGAGGCCCCGCCUCCCCGGCCGGCGGACGGCAGGGUACGACCUGGUGGAGAGGAUGGAGUACCUGUACGUGCGCGUCGUGAAGGCGCGGGAGCUCCGGUGGGGCGCCGAGUUCGACCCGCUCGCCGAGGUGAAGCUCGGGAGCUACUCCUGCACGACUCGCCACAUCGAGAAGACGGUGGGGCCCGAGUGGAACGACGUGUUCGCCUUCUCCAGGGAGCGCAUCCAGGCGUCGUUCCUGGAGGUGCACGUCCGCGGCCGGGGCUUCGCCGCCGACGAGUACGUCGGGCGCGCGCGCUUCGACCUGGGCGACGUGCCGGUGCGCGUGCCCCCCGACAGCGCGCUCGCGCCGCAGUGGCACCACGUCUUCGACAAGGGCGGGGAGCGCGCCGGGGAGGUGAUGGUGGCGCUGUGGGUGGGCACGCAGGCCGACGAGUGCUUCCCGCUGGCCGUGCACGCGGACGCCGCCUUCGCCGUGGACGCCGACCUCGCCGCGCACAUCCGGUGCAAGCAGUACGCGGUGCCCCGGCUGUGGUACGUGCGCGUGAACGUCAUCGAGUGCCGCGACGUCGAGCUCGCGGACAAGGCCCGCGUCGGCGAGCUGUUCGUGCGGUCGCGCGUCUCGACGCAGGAGCUCCGGACCAAGACGUGCGUCUCCCGGCUGCCGUCCUCGUUCCACCGGUGGAACGAGGACCACCUGUUCGUCGCCGCCGAGCCGUUCGAGGACCACCUCAUCCUCUCCGUCGAGGACCGCGUCAAGGUCGACAAGGAGGAGGUCAUCGGGCACGUCCACAUUCCGUUCACGGACUUCGAGCGCCGGUGGGAUGCACGCCCAAUUCGCCCAAGAUGGUAUAAUUUGGUGCAACCAGAGGGAGCCACGAAAAUCGAGAAGUUCUCCUCCAAGGUCUGCGUCCGGCUCUGCCUCGAAGGCGGAUACAGGGUGCUGUCGGAGCCUAUCCACUACCUGAGCGACGUGCGCCCGGCGGCGAGGGAGCUGUGGCACGGGCGGCCGCCCAUCGGCCUCGUCGAGCUCGGCAUCCACCACGCCUUCGGCCUCAGCGCCCUGCGUGAGCGCAACGGGCGAGGCUCCUGCGACGCCUACUGCGUGGCCAAGUACGGCAGCAAGUGGUUCCGCACGCACACGGUGAUCGACAGCCUCGCGCCGCGGUUCCACCAGCAGUGCUUCUGGGAGGUGCACGACCACUGCACCGUGCUCACCGUCGCCGUCUUCCACAACUGCCAGAUCGGCGACAGAGGCGGGCUCGUGACCGGUGACCCCGUCAAGGACGUCCUCCUCGGCAAGGUGCGCAUCCGGCUCUCGACGCUGGAGACCGGGCGCAUCCACACGCACGCGUACCCGCUCAUAUCCCUCCACGGCGGCGGCAUCAAGAAGAUGGGGGAGCUCCACCUGGCGGUGCGCUUCUCGAGCACGUCGACGCUGGGCCUGCUCCAGACGUACGCGCGGCCGCACCUGCCGCCGAUGCACUACCACUGCCCGCUGUCCGUGGUGCAGCAGGAGAGGCUGCGGCGGGAGGCGGUGGCGGUCAUCGCGCACCGGCUGGGCCGGGCGGACCUGCCGCUGCGCCGGGAGUGCGUGGAGCACCUCUGCGAGGCGCACGGGCACCGGUGGAGCAUGCGGCGCAGCAAGGCCCACUUCUUCCGCAUCCUAUCGGCGCUCGCGCCGCUGUUCGCGGCGUUUAGCUGGUUCGUCGACGUCUGCCGCUGGAGGAACCCGGUGACGACGGUGGCGGUGCACAUCAUCUACGCCAUGCUGGUGUGCUGCCCAAACCUCAUCCUGCCCACCUUCUUCCUCUACAAGUUCUGCCUGGGGCUGUGGAACUACCGGCGCCGGCCGAGGCACCCGUGGCACGUGGACACCAAGGUGUCGCACGCCCACACGGCGCACCCUGACGAGCUCGACGAGGAGUUCGACGAGUUCCCGACGGCGCGGCCGCACGAGGUCGUGCGCAUGCGGUACGACAGGCUGAGGAGCCUCGGGGCGCGGAUACAGGAGAUGGUCGGCGACGUCGCGGGGCACGUCGAGCGCGCGCGGUGCGUCAUGACCUGGCGGGACCCCCGCGCCACCACCAUGUACAUGCUGCUCUGCUUGUGCGCCGCCGUCGUCACGUUCGCCGCGCCGUUCCAGGCGGUGGCGCUCUUGACGGGGUUCUACCUGAUGCGGCACCCGAGCCUCCGGCAGCGGCUGCCCGACGUGCCAUCCAACUUCUUCCGGCGCCUUCCCUGCAAGGUGGAUUGCCUGCUUUAA